CACCGCAGCAGCUGGACCUGGCGGCGAUCGUACAGGCCGUUAACUCGGGGAUCGCGUCCGGGGACACCAUGGCCACGUUUGUCGCCGCCACGGACGACAUCGUCGUUGAGCUCCAGCGCAUCGCUGAAGCUGUCGACGCGGCGCCCCCAGAACAGGUCCCGGAUAAACUCGCCGCCAUGGCAGACUACAUCGAGACAAACCUCACCGACCGUUUGCGGCCAGGGUCCGCCGCCUCGAAGAGAAGCUCGAGACUAUGGCCGAUCGCCAGCAAGAGAUCCUGAUUGGACAGCAGGAGGCAGCCGCUAGCCAGCGCGUCACUCAUGACAGGAUUGUCGACGCUCUCGCCAACAUGAGCCGCAGCAACCAGGCGGGACCGGGCUUCACCAACCUUGGCCCCGCGGCAGUCCCUCACUCCAAAGACACCAUCUCGGCCGCCUCAUGUCGUACGGAAUCGUCGAAGGACCCCCAGCAGAGCUAAGCGCUCGCAACAGACCGAAUCGGAGCGGCCCGUAUAAGCAGGCCCGGCAGGAGGACCCCGUUGACAGCCGCGGCAUUCCUAGCGAUCCAGCCAAGCUCGGCCGCUACAGAAUCACCGAACUUGCUCGCCUCAUCUGCAUGCAAGCGUCGAAGUCCAACACCUACUUCCCCCAGCAGCAGGACAUGCUCGACGUCCUUGCCGAGGUGGGCGUGGAAGCCAAGAUGACCAGCAUUGCUGGCAAUUAUCUCAUGGAGUGCGUUGCGAUCAACGGCGGUUCGAGGUGCAAGACCUGGCGCCUUGUCACGACCAACUCGGCGGCCAAGGCGGCCAUGAUGCGCCGCUUUGAGCAGUUCAAGGUGCCGCUCAAAGAUGCUGGACUGGAGGCCUCCGACUGGACCUGGGGCAGGAGGUAUUAGAGCAAUUCGGGCUCUGUUACUUGUGGCUGGUACAUUGUGAGCCGCAAUUCGAUAAAGAUCCGAUGCGCGGGCUUUACAACAUCGCAUCUAUGAACGCUUUUAUCUCAGUGGCGCCGUCUUUGCCAACUGGCAGCUUUUAGCCGUCAUCAACCGCUGUCGUUCGCUAAGUUGCUGCACAAGUCGUACCAACUGUU